GUGCAUGUAUCUCAAAAUAAUUCAUAAUUGUUAAGAUUUCAAAUUUAAUGGAUUUUUUGAGCAUGUUAUUAUAAUUAUAAAUUCGACAAUAAUGGAUACAUUUCAGCCAUGCAGAUUUAUAUGCGUCUAUUACAAAUAAUGUAUACAUUGACCCUAUUUUAUCAAUUUAGAGAUAGGUUUAUUCAAAAAAAAAAAAAAAAAAAAAAAAUUAGAGAUAGAAAGGAUAAUGGGUAAAAUUAAACAAUAAACCGUAUAAUAUCAUGAUAAUGAUACUCCGUAAGUCCGUAUAAUAUACUCUGUACAUACUGUUAUAUAAUUUAAUAAUCUAUAUAUAAUCGAUUAGAAAUGGAUUGACAUCAUCCGGUCAUUAUAUUUUAGGCCAUACAAAAUGCCCUCAUCAGUCAUCACAUUCUAAGCUACUAUUUAAGCUAAUAUCGCAUAACUAAUUUUAUUUUCCAAUUAAUAAGAUAAUACCGAGCUAUAUAUCAACAUUAGCAUUACUUUAUCCAUCUAUCUAUUAUUUAAUGAUUUAAAUAGCGGAUUAAAUAUAGUUUGAUAUCACCAAGUUUGAUAUGUCUAAAAAAUCAUGGGGUUACAAGCUGUCAAGUUACUGAGUAGGAAGAAAAAAAAAAAAAAGUUGGAUAAUUUGGAUGAAUAGUGAUACAGUCUGGAUGGUUGACACAUGAUAGACAUCAAGGGACAUUAUCUUAUUUAUAAUCCAAUAUUAGCAAAUAAAUAAAUAAAAUUUACUGUUUACCACAUAUAAAUUAGACUAUAAAUACCUCCGUUUAGAUAUCAUUUUAAACAUAACAUUUCUUCUCCACUAUAUAUAAUUACGCUCAUUUACAUUUCUUGGUCUCAUUCUCUAUUUCGUUGGCGGCUUCUACUCUGAGGUUAAUUAAGGUUGUCAAUGCAAGAUGGUUUAUUCUAAGCGUAGUUAUGAUCAUACGAUGGUUUGGUUAUUAGUUGGAGCAUUAACCAUUUUCCAAGUUUGCUCGGCUCAUAAUGACCUAAACCUUAUUGAUAGUCGGUAUCCCACUGCAUCCCUCUCCGUGGAUCUUUCUAAAGGGCGUCAAAUAUCUCCUGUCUUUUUUGGUAUCUUUUUUGAGGAGAUCAAUCAUGCCGGGGCUGGUGGUUUAUGGGCGGAACUUGUCAGCAAUCGAGGAUUCGAAGCCGGAGGUCGCUAUGUUCCUUCGGCAAUUAGUCCUUGGGGUAAGAUUGGAGAUGAUGAAGCAAUAUACGUGGUAACUGAGCUAUCAUCAUGCUUCAAAAACAACCCCGUUGCUGUUCGAAUGGAUAUACAUUGUGACCAAAAUACUUGUCCACCGGGAGGUGUUGGACUCUAUAAUCCCGGGUAUUGGGGAAUGAAUAUCGAAGAAGGCAAGAGUUACAAAGUGGUAUUUCACGUUAAAUCAUCUGGAUCACUUGACGGUGUUAUAUCAUUUGUUAGUGAUGAUGGAACACAAGUACUUGCCUUCCAGCGUGUUACGGCUGAUGCUACGAAAGUUAAGGAUUGGACAAAAAUGGAGUUCACAUUAAAAGCUAAAGGAUCAUAUAAAAAAGCUAGACUUCAAUUCACUACCAGUCAAAAAGGAACUAUUUGGCUUGAUCAAGUAUCUGCUAUGCCUAUUGACACAUACAAGGGCCAUGGAUUCCGAAACGAUUUGAUGGAAAUGCUUCUCAAGCUCAAGCCUAGAUUCCUUAGAUUUCCUGGCGGGUGUUACGUUGAAGGUAAUUUUCUAACCAAUGCCUUUAGAUGGAAGGAAACUGUUGGUCCAUGGGAAGACAGGCCAGGACAUCUUGGGGAUGUUUGGAAUUAUUGGAGUGAUGAUGGACUUGGUUAUCUUGAAUAUCUCCAGCUAGCCGAAGAUCUAGAUGUUGAGCCUGUGUGGGUUGUUAACAAUGGAAUUGGUCUCAAGGAUCAAGUUGAUACCUCUUUAAUUGCCCCUUUUGUACAAGAAAUGUUGGACAGUGUCGAGUUUGCUAGAGGUAGUCCAAAUUCGACAUGGGGUUCUCUUCGUGCGAAGUUGGGACACCCAAACCCAUUUAAAUUGAAGUACAUUGCUUUUGGAAAUGAGGGUUGUGACUUAAACAGCUACACAGGAAAUUAUCUUAAGUUCUACAAAGCCCUAAAGAAAUUAUAUCCUGACAUCAAAGUAAUCUCAAAUUGUGAUGCAACACAGAAGCCCUUAGAUCAUCCUGCUGAUAUAUAUGAUUUUCAUAGAUAUACAAAUAUUCCGGAUAUGCUUAAUCUCACUCAUCUAUUUGGGAAGGUUAGAAGGGAUCCUCUCGCACCAAAGGCUUUUGUUAGUGAAUAUGCUGUGAUAUACCCAAAAGAUCAAAUGAUGAAUGGAACAUUUGGGGCAGCAUUAGCAGAAGCAGCUUUCUUGCUUUCAUUAGAGAAAAACAGCGAUAUUGUUGAAAUGGUGAGCUACGCCCCACUUUUCGUAAACCAGAAUGACAGAACAUGGAAUCCAGACGCGAUUUUCUUCAAUACAUACAAAGUGUUUGGGAUUGCUAGCUAUUGGGUUCAAACAUUUUUCAAAGAAUCAAGUGGAGCGACACUGUUGAAUGUUCAUUUCCACAAUCACUCAAUGCAUGAGAACACAUAUGUUACCGCAAUAAGUUGGACUAACCAGCAGGAUAGAAAGAAUUAUAUAACUGUGAAGAUUGUAAACUACAACAAUGUAACAGAGAAUUUGAAGGUUUCAUUCGAUGGAAUUGAUCCUAACGCGGUUAAAUUAUGGAAGAAAACCGUACUUACUAGUGAUAACUUGCAAGAUGAUAAUACAUUCGAUAAUCCUACAAAGGUGGUGCCAAUAUCAACUCUACUCAAAAGCGAAGUAAGAAAAGACAUUGUUCUUGAGGUUGAACCGUACUCGUUCACAGCAUUUGAUCUGAUCAAUAGCGCACAAAUUCCAAAACUCGAAGCUAACCAAACUAAUCAAGUAUAAGCCAAGUAAAGUUUUCGUCUCUAAUAAAGAGAACAACUUUCAUCGUUGUUUUGGAAACAUUGUGCACGUAUUGAUCACUCACUACCUUUAGAUUUCUUUUAAGCACAAGUUUCUAGCUUUAUCAUCCCUUUUUGGGUUGGCAAAUAAUGUUAGCUAUUGUUUUUCAAUUGUAAAGGAUAGAUUCGAAUUUCUUUUUCUAAUAUAUGAAGUGAUAUUUGCUAUCACAUUAAAUUUGAUGUUUCUUUUGCUUGUAAAUAUUUAUCUAAACCUUGGUUUCAAAAAAAAUAAUAUUUAUCCAACCUCUGUUAGAACAAUUCAACAAUAAUAAAAUUUAGACGUGCGAAU